GUUCAGGCGUUACAGUAAAAAUAGGAAAUUCGUUGGUUGUGCCGCUUGCGUGCUAAACGACCAAAAAUAGAGACCUCGGGGAGUACGGAACCCUUCACUCGCCCUCUACCGCACCGACAUCCGUACCAAUAAACCCUAAAAUGGUCCUCGGCUGAGCGGAGCGCCGCCGUUUCCCCCUAGGACGGUCGCCUGGCUGCUAACGGUAGCACUAGCCGCGGCUCGCUGACGUCACCGUGGUCGAGAUGUUCGUGCAGGAGGAGAAGAUCUUCGCCGGGAAAGUGCUGAAAAUACACAUCUGCACCGUGGACGGCGCCGAGUGGCUGGAGGAAGUCACGGAAGACACCACGGUGGAAAAGCUGAAGGAGAGGUGCUUGAAACAUUGUGUACAUGGACAGUUAGAAGACCCCAAAACACUUACCCACCAUAAACUUAUACAUGCUGCUACAGAAAGAGUCCUGAUGGACACUAAAACGGUUGGUGAUGAAAAUCUCACAGAUAAAGAUGUUUUGCUGCUCGUAAAGAAAAGACCGCCGCAGACUCCGCCGAAGAUGGCAGAUGUUAGUUCAGAUGAGAAGAAGAAACAAGAUAACAAAGCACCGGACAAAGAUGCUAUCCUGAAAGCUACCGCCCACCUGUCCACACGCCACCCUGACCGCACUGUCACGCAACACAACAUCAGAGACUUUCAAACGGAGCUCAGAAAAAUCCUUGUUUCUCUUAUUGAAGUUGCCCAGAAGCUUCUUGCCUUGAACCCUGAUGCGGUUGAACUCUUCAAAAAGGCCAAUGCAAUGUUGGAUGAAGAUGAGGAGGAUCGGGUCGAUGAAACUGCCCUCCAGCAGCUCACUGAGAUGGGUUUCCCUGAGAGCAGAGCAAUAAAAGCUCUUAGGCUGAACCAUAUGUCAGUGACCCAGGCUAUGGAGUGGUUAAUUGAGCAUGUGGACGACCCUUCUGUAGACACGCCACUACCAGGAACGGACUCCUCUGGGACAGCAGGAGCCUCGGCAGCCACACCUUCUGCUUCGGCCUCUGCUCCAUCCUCUGCUUCGGCCUCCGUUUCUCAUCUCCGGCAGUCGAGCACGGACGAGAGCAGCAGGCAGGAUGAACUCACAGAGAUCUUUAAGAGGAUCCGCAGGAAAAGAGAGUUCCGGCCAGAUUCAAGGGCUGUCAUUGCAUUGAUGGAGAUGGGUUUUGAUGAGAAGGAGGUGAUUGAUGCUCUACGAGUCAAUAACAACCAACAGGAUGCUGCGUGUGAGUGGCUGCUGGGAGACAGAAAACCUUCCCCAGAGGAUCUGGACAAAGGCAUCGACACCAACAGUCCUCUGUUCCAAGCCAUCCUGGAAAACCCGGUGGUCCAGUUAGGCCUGACGAAUCCCAAGACUCUGCUAGCUUUUGAAGACAUGCUGGAGAAUCCGCUGAACAGCACCCAGUGGAUGAGCGACCCUGAGACGGGCCCCGUCAUGCUCCAGAUAUCCAGAAUCUUCCAGACGCUGAAUCGCACAUAGAGCCUCCUGACCACCCUGAGCUUGAUUGUGGCAGCUUGUGUGUGUGUGUGUGUUUGAGAGAGUGAGUGAAAGAGAGAGAGAGACGUAUUGGGAUGUGUGUGUGUGGCCGAGACAUAAUUAUAGUUUGUUUUUUUGGCCUUGCAAAGACGAAGCCAGAGGAGGCAAAGUAUGAAUCAAUGUCACACUAUUUAUAACAGUAUAGUAAAAACACUCAAAUAAAACAAAUGCUAACAUUAUUAUUAUUAUUAUCACAGGAAUAAUAUAAAAUUGAGAUUUAGUAUGUUGUUUUUACAUUUUAUGAGAACAGUUUAUAGGUAUGACAGACAUGAUUUAUUUUAUAUAAUUUCUCCACGAGCAGAAAUGACAUCAGACAUCCAUUUAAUGUUUACACUUAAAACGAUUUCUGUGUGAGUUACAAUAUUUAAAUAUCAAUUACAGUUUUUGUCUGUCUCAAAUUGUUGCCCUUCAUCAGUGCUGAAUGUCUGGAAAACGUUGCUCGCUGUCAUAUUCUGGUUUUUCCUUCUUUGUCUUGUUUCAUCUAAUGGCGGCUUGUGGUCAGAGUUGAGUAUUGGUUGAGCUCUGUAAAUCUGGGCUUUCAUAACUAUUACCUCUCUCUCCGUUCACGACUGUGAGGUCACUGCAAAUCCCCGCCUCUCACUUUAAAGAUGGGAACAUUUAUCUAUUUCAAACAUAUUUGACUUUCUUGCCUUUUUAGAGGAAAGUUCUAUCCAAAACGGUCCCAGUCAGGAUUUUACAAGAAGAUGUUAUAUGAGGCCUGUGUAUUUAUUGUCGAUGUGCUUUUGAAUGUCAUGAUAACAUGUUGCGCUUAUUUAGCACUUGUUCACCUCUGGGUGCUGCUCAGUGCAGCAACGAGGAAGUAAAACCGUUGGUUCCUGCUCGGUGUGGGAUGUUAGAUGAAGCUGAGCCUGAUCAAAAGGGGUUUGCCUUUUUAACCUUUAAUUUGAACCUUUGCUGCUGAGGUGCAAACAUCUUUAUAAACACAAAGACGUAACAUAAGCUGCAAUACAACCGAUGUAGACGUUUUAGUUCCUUUUUUUUGUUUUUUUUUAACUGACAUUUCAUACAGUCGAAACAAACCAAAAUCUCUGUAUAAUCUGCCUUGUUGUUAGAUAAAUCCACUGGGGGGAAGAAAAAACUAUUUCUGUGCAAUAGCCAGGACUUAAAUCGACCUGUAAAGACAUUUAUCUGAUCUGAAUGUUAGAAAUACGAGAACAGAAAGGGGAAGUGUGUUAUACAAUAUUAGCUUUUUGCAUCCAAGCGUCUCCAGCUGCAACAUGGAAAUCUUUGCUUCUACUAGUUGUACUAAGGGUUUUUUGUUAUUUUAAAUAUAUGGAGGGUGUGUUUUGCCAAGAAUUUGAGUGUUUUAAAUUCAAUGUUUAAAAUGUAGUAUUGAUGUGACUUUCUGCUCAGGGAGGCUGAGAUUGUUGUCAUGGCAAACCCCUGCUCAACCCCUUUUACUUUGGCAUUCAAAAAUGGCUUUAACUAUACUGUUUGGAAGUUUGCUUAUAACUGAGAGCGCCGCAAAAGAUGGUUUUGUAAACGGCAAUAUUUGAAAAUAUUUAAAUGUUUUCAGAGUGGAGUGUUUGUCUCGACUAUGUCUUACCAUGUUUAUAACCAAGCCAAACGAAUAGCUUGGUCUUAUUUAUAGUAUUUACAGCAGGCCUUGAAGCUAAUCUACAAAUGUGAAAAAAAUAAACGAUUCAAAUGUUUUUACAAAACAUUAAUAUAAAAAAUAAUUUAAAAAAGCGAGUUAUGCGCCGGUAGGCACAGCGUGGUUCCAAGCGGUGCGUCGGCCUUGAACAACGGAGGACUUCUGCACAUCUCUGGAAGCCUCUGCAUUUCAGCAGACCUUUAUCGGAAUAUUUUGAAUCAGACACUGGGAGAUCGUACACAAAACAUCCACAGUGCAUGCAGACGUCGUCUGCAGAAACUGCUACACACAAACAGGAGCUUUGGAGUCGCUGGUUAUUUUUCACUCCAUGUCUUGCAGGACUUUCUCCGAUUCACAACCUAUGCAAUAUUCUCACCGUCUGCUUGUUCCAAGCGCCUCGAGGCCAGUGGCAUCCAACUCACUCACAUGAAAGGUUGUUGUUUUUGGUGGCUGUGUUCUUUCAGUUCUGUCCAGUGUUCAUGUAGCCAUGCUGUUUGGGAGUCACGGUACAAAUAAAGGCCAGUGUAUCAAGCUGGAUGAAGUCAGGAAAUUAAAUCCACAUCCAAAUGGCUGAAUGUUAAAAAAAAAAAAAAAACAUACAAAAGAAAUUAAAAAGGUAAAGUAUUCACUUUCUUGAGAUGAAUGUUUUUGACAUUUGAAAACAUUUUGCAACCACUAAGUAGUAAUUUGACUUAAGGAAAUGACCGGGUCCCCACACAAACCUGUUUUCAUUCUUGUCUGCAGCAAAAAGGUAUGAAUAUGUCAGAGGGAGCAAGACGAGGUGGCAACUGAAAAUAUUCUGUAUGAUGUUUCAUUAAACCACAUAUCUGUUUCCCAGGUCAUUACACUGUUUUGAACAUUUACUCAAACUUCUAUGAAUAUGAAUGAUUUUUUUUUUUUAAUUAAAAGCUU